AUGAAGCGUCGGCCGCCCCGCGCGCGCACCCCCGGGGCCCUUGGUCGGGGCAUGGCGCCCUGGGCCGCGCGGCGACUCGCGCUGUGCGCGCAGCUGGCGGCGUGCGCGGGCGCCGAGGCGGCCUGCGGGUGCGCGUGCUGCCGCGCCUCCGUGCGCCCCCCGGCGCUGCAGGAGGCUGCUGGCGGCGAGCUGAUGUGCUCGCCCCUCACGGCCGAGGCGCCCGAGUCCGCGGACUGCCCCGAGACGUGCGACGCCGACGCCGUGGCCAGCGCCGAGGUGGUGGCCUACUCGCGCUUCUGCCUCGUCGCCUGCGCGCCGUCCGCUGGCGCCGGCGGGCCCUGCGGCCGAGCCCCGGGCGCGGGCGCGGGCGGCGCCGCGGGCGGUCGCCAGGCUGGGCGGGCCUGGCUCGGCGGCGGAGAGCAGGAGCUGGAGGCGGCCGAGGCGUCGGACGCCGAGGCGGCCGAGGACGACCCCGCGGCCGCAGCGGCGGCGCUGGGCGCCGCCGGCGCCGGGCUGCAGGCGGCGGAGAGGCACGCGGCGUCGAUGGGCGCGGCAGCGCUGGCCUCGUCGCAGGGCUCGCUGCGGGCCGAGCGCCAGCGCGAGAAGCUGGGAGGCGGCGCCGCGUCUCGGCUGUCGGCGGACGCGGCGAUGGCGCGGCGCCUGGCGGACGUGGCGCGCGGGGCCGCGCUGAAGGCCCGCGCGGAGCUGCGCGAAGCGCUGGCCGCGCCCGCGGAGGCGGCCGAGGCGGCGGCCGAGGAGGCGGAGCGCGAGGUGCGCGGCUAG